AUGCAGGACUUGAUGAGCCUUUCGUCUGAUCCAGUGGGACUCUUCUUACGGUGCUGGACGAAGUUUGCCCGGUUGACAAGAGCUCUGACCAACAGCCGGAGCGUUCUGCAGCAGCUGACGCCCAUGAACAAAGCUGAGGUGGUCCAUAAACACUCAAGAUUAGCUGAAGUUCUCCAGCUGGGCUCCGACAUCCUCCCACAAUACAAGCAAGAAGCCCCAAAGACUCCACCGCAUAUCAUUUUACACUACUGCGCUUUUAAGACCACCUGGGACUGGGUCAUCCUCAUCCUGACGUUCUACACAGCGAUUAUGGUUCCUUACAACGUGUCUUUCAAAACCAAGCAGAACAACAUUGCGUGGCUGGUUCUGGACAGCGUGGUGGACGUGAUCUUUCUGGUGGACAUCGUGUUGAAUUUUCACACGACUUUUGUCGGACCCGGUGGAGAAGUUAUCUCUGACCCCAAACUCAUCAGGAUGAACUAUCUGAAAACGUGGUUCGUGAUAGACCUCUUGUCAUGUUUACCUUAUGACAUCAUCAAUGCCUUUGAGAACGUGGAUGAGGGGAUCAGCAGCCUCUUCAGUUCCUUAAAAGUGGUACGCCUUCUGCGAUUGGGCCGUGUCGCCAGAAAGUUGGACCAUUAUCUGGAAUAUGGUGCCGCGGUGUUGGUCCUUUUGGUCUGCGUCUUUGGACUAGUGGCCCACUGGCUGGCUUGUAUAUGGUACAGCAUCGGGGACUAUGAGGUCAUCGAUGAGAUAACAAAUACCAUCAAGACGGACAGCUGGCUCUUCCAAUUGGCUGAGAGCAUUGGGAUGCCCUAUCGAUACAACACGACCGGAUCAGGACAAUGGGAAGGCGGACCCAAUAAAUACUCUCUGUAUAUAACAUCCCUCUACUUUACCAUGACAAGCCUUACGACGAUAGGAUUUGGAAACAUUGCUCCAACCACCGACGGAGAGAAGAUCUUUUCGGUGGCCAUGAUGAUGGUUGGCUCUCUUCUUUAUGCAACGAUUUUUGGAAAUGUCACCACCAUUUUCCAACAAAUGUACGCCAACACCAACCGCUACCACGAGAUGCUGAACAACGUGAGAGACUUCUUAAAGUUGUACCAAGUCCCCAAAGGCCUUAGCGAACGAGUCAUGGAUUAUAUUGUCUCCACGUGGUCCAUGUCGAAAGGGAUAGACACGGAGAAGGUACACAAUUCACAGCACCGACUGAACAAAAGCUUGUAA